AUGAAGAAGACUCAGCGACGGCUUUCUCUGGCCCCUGCAAUGGUGGCAGCUUGGUGGCCAAGCGCCUCCUUCCCGGUGGUCGUGAAUGUGCAGGCAGUGGUGGGCGGUCAGCCGCGUGGGGCGCCGCUGCAGGGCCAAAUUACCCGCGCUUGCAAAAAGACUGGGUAUCCCUUUGCGUUCAGACUUUACACGCUGGGGGCAACAUUGCCAUUGGCACCCGGCACCAUCAUCACCCGUUUCCGGCUGGCGGGGCCUGCUGCCAUCGAGGUGCACGCCGGCGCACCCACAGCCACGGGUGUUGCAGCGGUUGAAGGUGAGCGUGGCGGCAGCCAAGGCGUGGUGGUUCAGCAGCAGCAGCAGCAGCAGCAGCAGCAGCAACAGCAGCAGCAGGAGCCGCAGCAGCAGCAGCAGCAGCAGCAGCAGCAGCAGCAGCAGCAGCAACAGCAGCAGCAGGAGCAGCAGGAGCCGCAGCAGCAGCAGCCGCACCCGCAGCUGCUGCCGCUGCCGCCGCCGCAGCCGCAGCAACAGCAGUAUCAGCAGCAGCAACAGCAGUAUCAGCAAGAGCAACAGCAGGGCCAUCAUCAGCAGCAGGAGUCCGAGGGCGGUCUGCUAUCCCCACAGGAUGCCCGUCGCAUCGUUGCCGACGAGCAGGUCGGCCCGCGCAAGGGACCGCGCACGUGUGCAGCAAACGCUGCCACCAGAGGCGCGAAGAGGCGCGCCGCAAUCAGCCCGCCCACGCAGGCCUCCGGGCCCGUCCAGUGGCAUCUGUCUCCCGCAGUAAGGGCGCCGCCUGCUGGUCAGGAGCAGGCGCCCGCCGCCUCCGAGGUCAAUGGUUUGGAGACCAAAGCAGCAGCAGCGGCCGCCGCCCCUGGUGCCGCCGCCUUGGGCGGUGGGGUUGCCACCGUUAGCCCAGCCGCCUCGGUGACCACCGCCCUGGCCACUCUCGGCCUGCCGGACAUUGCAGUGCCCGAAAUGACAGGCAGCGACGCUGCUGCUGCGGUAGGGGCGGCGGUCGCGGCUUCGCAGGUGGCUGAGGAGGUUGAGAGGGCCGCAGACGCGCUCAGGCUGCCGGCCGGCGAGCUGUUUGCCGUGUUGACCGCGGUCGAGGCGGCGACGGCGGCGCCUGCAAGCUGCCUGCGCUUCUUGGCCUUUGACUACCGGCGGCUGCGGCGCGCGUGCCGUGCGGGGGACGCGGGCCUCGUUAAGACCUGGAUGGAGGGCAUGGCUGCACGGUACAGCCCGGACGGAACUGGCGGCCGCGGGUGA